CACAUAAACCAAAUUCUCAUUUCAAGAAAGUGAUCGAAGUAAAAACUGAAAAAUAUCAUUCGAUCCAAACAAACAAACCCCAAAAACUCAAUAUUUUUCCCCAAAACCCAUAAUUCCCCUUUUUCUCAACCCUAAUCCAAGUUUUUUUUUUUUUUUUUAAUUCAAGAUUUCAAAAAUGGGGUUUUUAAAAGUUUCAAGAUUUGGAAGACCAUGAUGAAGAAAAUAUGGUGGUGGGAACAAAACCAUGAUAAUUUCCUACUACCCUUUUUGAAUUAUUCAAAAACUCAAUCAAAAUCAAGUGAUUUAGUUGUGAAUGGAAUCAAAGAAAGUAGCUUUAUUAUGUGAAGAAAUUCAGAAUAAAAAAGACAAAAAUGUGAAGUUAAUACAGUGGGAAGAUUAUGAACAAGAAUUAGCUCGUUUGUGUAGUCUUACAUCUGCUCUUAAUGAAGCUAAACAGAAAAAACAAUUGGUUCAGCAGAAAUUACAGUCCCUUAUACAGCGGGUGGCAACAUCGUUCUCAGGUAGAAGCAGAGUCACUAAGUCGUUUAAAUGAGCUUGAUGAGAUGAAAGAAAAGCUAGAUUCUAGAAAAUUGGUGAUGGGAAACAUGUCGAUGCAUUCUAAAGUUGUCAAAGAGAAAGUCAAGAAGCAAGAGGAGCAACUCAGUAAUGACAUCCGGUCACUUUUGGUUGCAGGGACUUCUCUUUCUGCAGCUAGCAAGCGCUUGCAGGAUGCAAGUAGGUCCCUAGCUGGGGAAAGGGGUUAUGGUCGUCUUAGAACCUUGCAGAGAGUAUUGAGAACGAGACAACAGUAUAUGGUGUCUCAAGUUCAGCUGCUUUAUCCCGUGAGGGUUGCAAUUGGACAGUCACCUGAGCAAGAACUUGAAUCAUUCAACAACAGUUUCGACUCAGGUAACACUGCUGGGUCAAAACCUUUAGAUCAAGGAUCCUUGACCAUUGCAGGUCUACAUUUAACGGUGUUCACGAAGAUGAGUUUCUUUACUGCUAAGAAGGAGGUUCAGAGGUCUGCAACUGCCCUGGGAUAUGUUGCACACGUCGUCACACUUAUGGCAUCUUACUUACAAGUUCCUCUUCGUUAUCCUUUGAGAUUUGGAGGAUCUCGAUCAUAUAUCCGUGAUUAUGCACCUUCAAUAGAGCCUUCAUCAUCUGAUUUAACAUCUAGUUCCUCAGUUUCCGCUAAUUCAAGGCCCGUGGAAUUUCCUCUAUUUUUAGAUGGCCAAGACUCAACAAGAGCGGCUUAUGCUGUAUUCUUGCUGAAUAAGGAUAUAGAACAGCUUCUGAAUUAUAUUGGCGGCAGAAGUUUAGGGCCGCGACAUGUACUAGCUAAUUUGAAAGAGCUUCUUAGGACAAUACUUUCUCCAGAGUAUAUAGACACAUGAUUGUGAGGUUAUGUAAAUGUAGAUUCAUUGUUAUUUUUGUGCAGGUGCUAAAUUUUCACAUACAGCACCUUGCCCUCAACAACUUUGUCUAAUUUAUAUGUGAUGACAUUGAAUCCUAAAAGAAAUUUAAUGGUUUUGUUUGUUAUG